AUGGUGAAACGUUUGAUCAAAGAUUUUCAUUUAUUCUCAUCAUACUCAGAUCAAAAUAUUUUCAAAAUGGCUAAUUUUGUAGGCGGAUUUUUAAAGCAUGGAUUUAUAUCUGAUAAAAAUACAUUGAAAACAAUCAUUACUUACAUAUUAUAUGAUCUGAAGAAUACGCAAAAUGCUAAUGCAUUCAAUUUCAGUUAUAUGGCAUUUAAUCGGUUUAAAACGAAAUUGAAAAACUUUUCGAAACUGUGUGUUCGGCUUGAAAAAACUGAUAAAGUCGAUGAUUUUCUACCGGACAUUAUUGAGGACGUGGUGCACGAUUUGAUCGAACUUGCACCGCCGACUAGACGACGAGCCACCGACGAGCAAACGAUAUCAGAAACCGAUAACGGCGAGGAGGAAAGCGAAUCGCGGUCUCAAGACGCGAUUAUUUGCCAGCAAACGCCAAAACCUGAUCCAGUAAUCGCACUCACCGAUGCGUUGCCAAAAUCGGAACCUCCAGCGAUCACCAAUUCGGUUGUCGAUGACGAGAUAAUCGUACCGUCUAAAGCUGUACAAGACGAAAUUCGUUAUGUUAUCAACAGCCUGUGUAAAACGAAUCUUGAAACCAAGUGCAGCGACAUAAAGCGUCUGAUCGCCAAAGAACACUUGCCGUGGUUAUCCAAGUACAUUGUCUUGAAACGGGUGCGACAGGAGUUCAACUUUCGUGUUCUUUACUCAAACAUGUUGAAUUGUUUGAACAGCAAAACGCUGAAUUCGAUGGUUCUGUUGAGAAGAAAUGUAGGCAUUCCAAGUAUGGCGGAUAAAUUACUGAUCAAAAAUCUGGGCCACUGGUUGGGAAUGAUCACUUUGGCGCAAAAUAAACCGAUAUCGAAGGACGAUAUUGCUUUGGAACACUUGUUGAACGAAGCGUGCGAGAAAGGUGGCGACGAGCUGCUGUUCGUCGUGCAGUUGGUGACGAAUAUACUUGAAUCUUGCUCGGGGGGAAACUUCGGCCCGAACAAUCCGUGGACAACUUCUAUAAUAAACUGUCUGUUCGAGUUGUACAAGAAGCCUAACGCGACGCUACAAGUGCAAGUCGAAAUUGAAAAGCUGUGUAAAGCAUUAAAAAUCAAGCUCAAGGUUAAUUAG